CCCUAUAAUUAAACAAACAAUUCCCCCAAAAUCCCAAAAUUCAAUCCCCCGCGCAGCGCCGGCCUCUCCUUCUCUGCCUACUGUAAUACUCUGUACUAUUGCUUUUUCGAGCAUUUCCGUCUUCGAACAAUAAAUCGUUUUUUCUUUUGGGUAGUGUAUCAGUAGUAUGUCCCAGAAUCCGAGUACAUGUGUACCGGGAGUAGGGGUGCCUUCGAUGAUGGCAGGUGCAGCGCCUCCAACUGCUGGUGGCCCUCAACAAGGAGCCCCAAUGAAUGCUUCAAACUUCACUUUUAAUGGGAAUGCACAGCUGGGGCAGAUUAAUCAGUCAGUGAAACCUAAUAACAAGGCUGAGGUUGUACAAGAACUGGAAGGUGUAUCUACUGCACAGCCCACUCCAACAAGUAAUUUGUCAAGUUCCUUUUCGGGUGUGCCUCCUGCACCAUCAUAUCAGGUUCUUCCGGGAUUUGCUAAUAGUCCUGCAACACCUCCCCCAGGAAUUUCCCCUUCAAUACCUUUACCCGCCAAUGUGGCUGUCGCUCCAUCUAGUGAUCUUUUUACUGCAUUUCUGAGACCGAACAAUCAAAGUAUACCUGUGCUUUCAAAUCCUCCUGUUCAGCAUCAGGGAUAUGCCCCAUAUCCUUCUGUGUCUCCUGCAGCUGCUGCAUUACAGGGACCAUGGUUGCAGCCCCCACAGGUUAGUGGCCUGAUAAGACCACCAUUUUCAGCAUAUCCUGUAGCUAUUACGGGUCCCUUUCCUUUGCCAGCUCGAAAUACACCUAUCCCAUCUGUUCUAUUGCUCGACACACAACCCCCUGGUGUAACCAAUGCAGAAGCACCUUCUGCAACCCCCAUUCAUACUGUAGCUUCUGUUAGCCAGUCAACAACUGGUGUCUUGCAAGCAGAGAUUCCUCCUGGGAUUGAUAAUGCUAAAAGUGCAAAUGCAGUUGACAUCAAAGAUGGAUCUCCAGCCAAUGAACAUCUGGAAGCCUGGACAGCACAUAGGACAGAAACUGGAGCUCUGUACUACUAUAAUGCUGUGACGGGAGAAUCUACUUAUGAAAAGCCUUCAGGCUUUGUGGGGGAGCCCGAGAAAGUAACUGCCCAGCCAACUCCAGUUACUUGGGAGAAAUUGGCUGGUACAGAUUGGACCUUGGUGACCACUAAUGAUUGGAAAAAAUAUUAUUACAACACAAAAACUAAGUUGAGUAGCUGGCAAAUUCCCAGUGAACUGACUGAGUUAAAAAAGAAGCAGGAUGCUGAUGCCUCAAGGACAUCCAUGGCAGUGUCUAGUUCUAAUGUGUUAUCUGAAAAAGGAUCAACUCCUAUUGCUUUGAGUGCCCCUGCUAUUACCACAGGCGGUCGUGAUGCCACAGUUCUAAGGUCAUCAACUGUGGUAGGACACUCUUCGGCAUUGGAUCUUAUAAAAAAGAAGUUGCAGGAUUCUGGUGUCCCUCCUGCAACUUCACCUGGUGCAGGUUUGCCUGGAGCAGUUUCAUCAGAUCCAAACGGUUCAAAAUCAGUCGAGGCUAGGGAUUCUCGAAGCGAUAAUAGCAAAGAAAAUGUAAAAGAAACUAAUGGAGAAAGUAAUCUGUCUGAUACCUCAUCAGAUUCUGAGGAUGAUGAUAAUGGACCAAGAAAGGAGGAGUGUAUCAUCCAAUUUAAGGAAAUGCUCAAGGAACGUGGUGUAGCACCAUUUUCAAAAUGGGAAAAGGAACUUCCAAAGAUAUUUUAUGACCCACGGUUUAAGGCAAUUCCAAGUCAUAGUGCUCGAAGAGCCUUGUUUGAGCACUAUGUCAGAACUCGCGCUGAAGAACAGCGAAAGGAGAGAAGGGCCGCUCAAAAAGCUGCAGUUGAGGGGUUCAAGAAAUUAUUAGAAGAAGCGAAGGAGGAUAUUGAUGAUCAGACUGAUUAUCAAACAUUCAAGAAGAAGUGGGGACAUGAUCCGCGCUUUGAGGCCCUGGAGCGAAAAGAAAGAGAGGCUCUGUUGAAUGAAAGGAUCCUUCCUCUGAAGAGAGCUGCUGAAGAGAAGGCUCAAGCUAUACGUGCAGCAGCUAUUUCUAGUUUCAAAUCAAUGCUCAAGGAAGGAGAUAUUACUUCAAAUUCUCGCUGGUCAAAGGUUAAAGAUAGUCUGAGGAAUGAUCCUAGGUACAAGUCUGUUAAGCAUGAGGAUAGGGAGGCUUUGUUUAAUGAAUAUAUCGCUGAAUUGAAGGCUGCUGAAGAGGAGACGGAGCGCAUAGCAAAAGACAAACAUAGUGAGGAGGAUAAACUAAAAGAAAGAGAACGAGCACUGCGCAAACGGAAAGAAAGAGAAGAACAAGAAGUGGAGAGAGUGCGAUUGAAAGCACGUAGAAAGGAAGCAGUUGAAUCUUAUCAAGCUCUUUUGGUUGAGAGCAUUAAAGAUCCUCAGGCAAGUUGGACAGAUUCAAAGUCUAAAUUGGACAAGGAUCCCCAAGGACGUGCAGCCAAUCCUAAUCUAGAUCAAUCUGACUUGGAAAAGCUUUUCCGUGAGCAUGUGAAGAUUUUACAUGAGAGGCGUGUUUCUGAGUUCAGAGCUCUAUUAGCCGAGGUUGUAACUUUAGAAGCUGCAGCUCGAGAAAAAGAUGGCAAAACAGUUCUUACGUCGUGGUCAACUGCUAAACAUCUUUUAAAAGCUGAUGCUCGGUAUACAAAGAUGCCAAGGAAAGACAGGGAGUCCUUGUGGAAGCGACAUGUAGAGGAUAUUCAGCGCAGACAAAAGUCAGCACCUGAUAGAGAAACGGAGAAGCACAAGGAUGCGAGAAAUAAAAGCUCUGUUGACUCUGGUAAAAAUGUAAUGGGAUCAAGAACUCAUGAUAAGAGGUAGUCAUUUUUGUGUCACUGUUUACCCGAUAAACAGAAUCGGACUUCUGAUCGGCAGUCAGUGUCUGGUGGACCAACAAAAGCUAUGUAAAAUAGUGGUUUUAACUCUGGUAUCUGAGAUUAUAUUACUUCGGAGUAUCAUUUAAUGGAAAUGAUUUUUGUUAUUCUUUGAA